AUGGGCAAGAAAGGCCAGCAGAAUGGAAAGGGCAAAGGCAAGGAGCCGAAGAGAAACAACAAGUUGAUGGGAUUUGUGCCGCAGCGGUUUGGCGGCUUCGCGGAAGAUGACGGUACUCAAGUUCGUGGAUUCAAGAUGAAGGACACUGGACGGAGAACGGAACAUUACCGAUUUACGAAGAAUGGGGAUGCUUCUGGUGAAAGAGUGCCAUUACGCAAGAUGGGGGUGUCGUUCGUUAAGAGUACUUCGGGAGGGCUUGAUCCAGAUGCUGAGAUUAAUGAUGCUAUCGAGGAACAUGAAGUGGACACAACCGCUGACGAUGCGAUUCAUCAUGCGGACGACCUGAGGCAUCAGCAUGAACAUCCGGUGGCGAAUCAUGUGGAUCAGGCCAUGGAACCUGUAGAGGCAGACGAUGGGGAUGAGGAGGAAGACGAUGAUCUCGAAGAAGAAGAGGAUGCUGGAGAGGAGGAGGAGGAGGAGGAUGAUGAGGAGGAGGAUGAUGAGGAGGAGGAGGAUGAUGAUGAGGAAGAUGACAUCGACAACAUUCCCAUUGUCCCCCCACGCGAAGAUGACGACGAAUUCAACUACGGCGCCUCCGACUCCGACGCAGCAGACGAACAAGUCGCACGCGCUAUCCUUGCCUCGGGCAAUGAUCCCAAUACUCACGUCCACGUCGAACAGACCACUCUUACCCAUAUCUCCGCGGAGGAUCCCGGAGAGGGCUCGUCAAGAGCGAUAAAUCUGGAAUCUCUCGCUAUCGAGGAUACUUCGGUGCAUAUGGAGGUUGAGAAUGACGCCCUAUUUGUCGUUGAUACGGAGGGUGAUACAGCGAUGCGACCCGCGGAACCGUCGAAGGUGUCUAUCCCGGUGAGGUAUGAGCAUGCACCACAGUCCGAUGAGGAGGUCGUCUUCGUGCCGAGGCGGGGUGUGAGGAUCGUUGAUGAGAGUGUGACGGCGGCCAAGAUCGAGCACCUUACAGUCAAGAAGACUCAGAUUGACGUCAAUGUUGAAAUGCGUGAUGAGAAUGCUGACUGGCAGCCCGUGCCGAAGACGAAGCCUGGGAAGGAGCGCGGCGGGAAGAGAGCGCGCGGGAGGAAGGAGAAACUUAACGGCCCGGGUCCUGGGAUGAGAGACUCGGCGAUCGAUGCAGCGUUGGACGAUUACAUGGAUAAUCUCGCUAACCAGGACUUCGACUCGGAGGAAGAAGAGGCGUUCGAGCAUCGUGGUCUUGGUUUCGCUGCGUUGGGCGGUCAGGGUGCUGGGUUGGAGGAUGAGUGGGUUGAUGAGAGUGAGGGUGAUGAGGAAGGGGAGGUUAGCAGGGUUGGUGGAGUGGGGUUGGAGUAUUAUGUUGGGGAGGAGAGUAGUGAGGAGGAUGACGAGGAUGAGUCGAGUGGACAGGAGGAUGAGAAUGAUGACGAGGACGAGUUGGAUGAUGUGGACAUUGACGAUUUGCUCGAUGAGGAGGAUGAUGGCCUCGAGGGUAUCGGAGCCGAGGAACUUGAAGAACUCGACGAGCUGGAGCAACUCGAGUUGGCAAUCGCCCGAUCCCUAGGCAACGCUUCCGGCAAAGGCCUGCCCGGCAAGAAGAACAAGCGCGGAAAAGACACCUUCAUCGAAGAUGCCCUCUUCAACGGUGACUUCCACGCCUCGGACUUUGAGUACGAAUUCGAGGAUGACAGCGACGACAUCGGUGGUUUCGAACCGAGUAAGUCUUUGAAGGCGCAGCUGAAGCGGGCUGGGAAGAGGUUGCCUGCGCGGAUCGAGGAUUAUGAGUUGGGGUUGUCGGAUGAGGACAUGGAAGCGCAGAUUAAGGAUCAGUGGGCAAAGGAUCGCUCUAGUAAAGCUGAUAAGAAGAGGGAGAGGGAGGAGUUACGCAAAGCCGGUAUGCUCGGUAAAGGCAAGAAGGGCAAGAAAGCCAAGCUCGCUGAUCGUGAUGAGUUCUCGCUCGGAAUCUCGGUGCAGCGGAUGAACAUCGAGAUCCGCGAUUUCAUUGAUGAUUUGGGGAUGCAGAGUUUGCCAUUACCGCCUAUGGAUAAGUUUUCGCGACGGACGGUGCAUACGCUCGCUAGUGCGUAUAACUUGAAGAGUAAGAGUGUCGGGAAGGGGAAGAGACGGUUCCCGACGUUGAUCAAGACGACGAAGACUUCGUACCCUAGGGACGAACGCCUCGUUGACGAGAUCCUCGCACGGCACGAAGGUGGUGGAAGGGGUAACACCGGUUACCUCCCCCGUCUCGACCGUCCCCGUCCUCGUCCUGGGAAGACUGUCGGUCAACGCGGUGGUGCCCCCGGACUCGUUCGCAAUAACAACGGUUCCGUCGUCGGUGGUGACGCACCUGAGAUUGGAGCGGGUAACCUUGGACGCAAGUUGUUGGAGAAGAUGGGGUGGAGUGCCGGGCAGGGCUUGGGUGUGGAGGGUAGGACGGGUAUUUCAGUGCCGGUUAUGGCUGUUGUGAAGAUGGAUAAGAGGGGGUUGUGA